AUGUUGAGGCACAAAUAUGCCACCUAUGACUCUCUUUGGUGUGUGAUUGGAGACUUCAAUGUAAUUGCUUCAGUUGAAGAGAAGAUGGGGGGCAUUACCUACCAAAUGAGCAAGAGUAUAGAUUUUCUCGACUUGGGUUUUUAUGGUCCUAAAUGCACCUGGUCCAAUGGUAUAGGGCAAUGCUCUAUUGUUUGGAAAAGGCUAGACAGGGGCCUUGUGAAUGAUCAAUGGUUAGCUGCAUUUUCCAAUACUACUGUUUCCCAUCUAGCUUCAAUAGGGUCAGAUCACAAUCACCUACUCAUGGAAAUCAAUGUGAGGCAGGACACUGACAACAAGUACUUUAGAUUUCUUAUCUUAUGGGUCGAUAAUGUUAACUUCAAACCAUAUGUUAAAGGCAUCUGGGACAAACAAGUGAAUGGGAGUGCUAUGUGGAUAUUCCAUCAAAAGCUUAAGGCACUUUGCACUGGUUUAAGUAAAUGGUCAAGACAAGAAUAUGGUGACAUCUUCCAAAAAGCAAAAGAGUUUGAAGAGCAAGUGAAGGCAGCAGAAAUGGUUUUGGCUCAGACCAAUGAUGAAUCUGAUAGAGCAACAUUACAUGAUCUUGAAGCUCAAUACAUCAGAUACAUGAAGUUAUAG